AUGCAUUUCAAAGGAAUUUCGUCAGUGGCUUUGAGCUUGUUGGUGGCGCAGUCAGCCGUUGCAAGCCCGUGUAAACCGGUUCCCUCCCGUGCCAGCUCAACUAUCUUGACUACUGCCUCAGAGUCUAUGAUAUCUAUCUCUGCACCGUCUUCUACAGGUUCUGAAACUAUUGUCUUAGAGACAACCUCGACCGAGAGUGAGGCUGUUACUACCGUGGAGACGAGUGUCGCAGGUGCUGUUACAACCACUGCGGUUACCAUCGAUACAGCCAUUACCAGCGCGAAGUCAUCUACAGAGAUUGAAGCUUCUUCCAAUGCGAUUGGGACAAGUACACUCGCCACUAAGGCUACGACUGUAGCUGAAGGCAGUACUUCCAUGGUUGAUGACACCACGACUAUUGUUGUCUCCUCAGCUGCCGAAAGCGCCACCACCACCACCGAAACAACUAAGGCUGAGGCAGUCACUGAAACUUCGGGUGCUAUUGACACCACCGCAACUACCGCAAAGACAAUACCAGGGGCUGAAAUUACGACUAGUGCAGUUGGUGCGACUACUACCUUAGCUGAAACAUCACCAGCAUCUACAUAUGGCACGACAGUCGGUGUCGAGGAGAGCACGGCAUUAGCAUCUGAGGAUGUUACAACAACAACCACGACCAAGGAUCCAGCUACGUCCGUCUCUGUGGAUAGCACGACGACCGCUGAGGGGAUAUCAACGACUACCGAUGGCACCACCUCCUCUGACCGCAAAACAACAACACAGGAUUCUACUACCUUGGUCGAAAGCAGCACUAUAACCUCUGAUGACAGAACCACUACCAUUGCAACUUUAUCCGAAGUCAAUACUACUACAAAGUCUGACGACGUCGCGAGCACAAAUCAGGACACUACGACUACUGCGGUGACUACCUCUGAGAGCGGCACCGUAACUACCACUGUCUCAUCGGAAUACAGCACUGAAACGGCUGAUACUAGCACAACAACAGGAACUGAUGGGAUUGCGCUCACUACCACGGCUUCAUCCGGAGACAGCAGUACGGCGACCAAGGAUAGCACAACUGUCAUGACUACUUCAUCAGAGGGUAGUACAGAAACAUCUGGACUGGGACUGGGCACAACAACUUCUAGUGACAGGACUACUACUGUCACAACUUCAUCUGAUGGGAGCGCUACUGCCAUUGUUACUUCAUCAAAGGAGAACAGUGCAUCAACUGAUGGAAUGACAACUACAGCUGCUGCUGCGGAGAGUAGCACUACGAGUUCUACAGAAGGUACUACAACAGCUGAACAGAGCACUACAACGACUGAUGGGAUCACCACCACGACUGUCGAGACAACUACCGCAGCGGGCACAACCACCACUGGCUGUCCUCCUCCAACCACCGUCCUCGUAAACCCUACACCUCUAUUCACCUCAGGAGAUUUCCACAUGGAUGAAUACGACACCGUUCACCUCCCUUUCCCAGUCGGCAUAUAUGGCCACCUCUCAGACACAGUGUAUAUUAGUACAAUCGGGAUGUUGACCUUUGAAGCUCCAGAGAACUUCUACACCGGGAACUACGAGCUGCCCUUUACUACAUACUACCCAUCAGUGGCUAUCUUCCCAUACUGGAUCGAGUAUAUGUAUAUCAUGUCCUCUGUUUGCAACUCAGGCAUCUCAUACGAGGUUCACCAGACGUCCAGGGGCCAGACGUUCACUGUUGAGUACACCAUGGCUGUGCUACGUGAUGAUGCUUCUACACCAACGAUUCACUUCACUGUUAGCUUGUAUAAAGAUCAUCCCGGGGUGGUGAGAUUCGUAUACUAUCACACUUAUGCUGCUGACCACCCGACUAUUGGUGUUCAAGCUGGCGACGAGUCUUACUCGCAGUACUCUUUUGGCAUAGCAAUGCCGGAGAACUCCUACGUCGAGAUUGAUACGAGCAGUGGAGAUGCUUUCACGAGUAGUGGCCAGCUAUGA